AGCGGAGAUAGUUUAAAGGCGCCUUUCCAGAUGCUGCUACGUUCUAUUAAAGGGAGGUGGAAAGAGAGACGAGUUCGAGACCCGAGGUGACUUGGAAAGCGUAGUCGCAGCAGCACACAGCUACACCACCAUGCCUGGAUCUCUUCCUGUGAAUGCUGAAGCCUGUUGGCCAAAGGAUGUGGGAAUCGUUGCUUUGGAGAUCUAUUUCCCUUCCCAGUAUGUCGAUCAGGCAGAGCUGGAGAAAUUUGAUGGCGUGGAUGCAGGGAAAUACACCAUUGGCUUGGGCCAGUCUAAGAUGGGCUUCUGUUCUGAUAGAGAGGAUAUCAAUUCACUUUGCCUCACUGUGGUACAAAAGCUUAUGGAGAAGAACAAUCUUUCCUACAAUUGCAUUGGGAGGCUUGAAGUUGGAACAGAGACGAUCAUUGACAAAUCCAAAUCUGUAAAGACUGUCCUGAUGCAGCUGUUUGAAGAAUCUGGCAAUACAGAUGUCGAAGGCAUAGACACAACCAAUGCAUGUUAUGGGGGCACUGCAGCGCUCUUUAAUGCUGUUAACUGGGUGGAGUCCAGUUCUUGGGAUGGGCGUUAUGCACUCGUCGUCGCUGGAGACAUAGCUGUGUAUGCAACUGGAAACGCAAGGCCGACUGGAGGAGCUGGUGCGGUUGCAAUGCUUGUGGGUCCAAAUGCACCUCUGAUUUUUGAGAGAGGUUUGCGUGGGACACACAUGCAGCAUGCUUAUGACUUCUACAAACCUGAUAUGGUGUCAGAAUAUCCAGUGGUUGAUGGAAAGCUGUCCAUACAGUGCUACCUCAGUGCAUUGGAUCGCUGCUAUUCCGUCUAUCGUAAGAAAAUCCGUGCUCAGUGGCAGAAAGAUGGAAUUGACAAAGAGUUCAGUUUGAAUGACUUUGGCUUCGUCGUCUUCCACUCUCCCUACUGCAAGCUUGUACAGAAAUCAGUAGCUCGUCUGUUGCUGAAUGACUUCCUUGGCGAUCAGUCACCAGUGAAAGAAAAUGGCAUCUACAGUGGUCUGGAAGCUUUUAGGGAUGUGAAACUAGAAGACACUUAUUUUGACCGGGAUGUGGAAAAAGCUUUUAUGAAGGCCAGCACUGAGAUUUUCAACCAAAAAACCAAAGCUUCCUUACUUGUAUCCAAUCAGAAUGGGAAUAUGUACACGCCUUCAGUCUACGGCUGCCUUGCUUCUCUCCUAGCUCUGUACUCUCCUCAACAACUGGCAGGGCAGAGGAUUGGCAUAUUCUCUUAUGGCUCAGGGUUUGCUGCUACCCUGUAUUCUAUCAAAGUUACCCAAGAUGCAACCCCUGGUUCUUCCUUGGAUAAAAUAACUGCAAGCUUAUCUGAUCUGAAAAUAAGGCUUGAUUCAAGGAAGUGUAUCUCACCAGAAGUGUUCGCAGAAAAUAUGAUGCUCCGGCAGAAGACUCAUCACUUAGCCAGCUAUAUUCCCCAAUGUUCAGUGGAUGAUCUCAGCGAAGGAACAUGGUACUUGGUGCAAGUGGAUGAAAAACACAGACGAACGUAUGCCUGUCGCCCCUUGCUGGGUGAUGGGCCAUUGGAAGCAGGAGUUGAAGUUGUUCACUUGGGCCUUGGUCACGAACAUAUCCCCAGCCCUGCCAAGAAGGUGCCAAGGAUUCCUGGCAAAACAGACUCUGAAGCAGUUGCUGUUUCCCUUUCCAACGGGGAGCAUUAAAAUACCUCUGUGAGGUGGGAGUUGAAAAAAAUUAAGGAGAGGUGGGGGAUGUACAAGGGAUUAACUGUUGUUACUCAUAUUUCUGCUGUACAGUACUGCUUAGUUGGAGCAUGAAAAAAGUUAAUCUUGAGGCUCUUCCCUUUGAUGCGGUUUGCCGAUACAUAUUGUUUCAUAACACUAAGAAAUUAGCAAGGUUUUUAGUCAAGAAAUUAUGAAAGGUUGUUUCCGAAGAUUAUUGGUCUUAAGAAUGUGGGUCAGGAGUACGUGCUUUUAAUUUAGGCUCAGGAAAAAAACACCCAGCUGUGCUUCUUCUGCUGUUGGUUUUUAAUAAAUCUCUGCACAUUUUUUGUAAAAUACACUUCUGAGACUUUGAAAGAAAAAGCCAUUAACAAGAAAUUAAUAUGACCCAAAACCAUUUGUGAGACGGUUCACAAAAUCUUCGAUGUUAGGGGCAUAUGUGCCUUAAUGGUGUUGGCACCCAGUCUCUUACACGCUGGCCUUGUUCCACUCCCUGAAGCACCCCAUGGCUUUUGAAGGGUAGUGUGUGCAACCGACUUGUUUUUCAAGGUGCUGUUAAAUGGAGAAACCUUUCCUAGUUGCCAGUAUUGGUACAGCCCUUACCAGAAAGCUGGCAGUCUGAGACUUACCCAUUUUCGUUUUGCUUCCAACUGUGUCCUCCCAUCCUAGAAACUCCCAUUUUCUUCUCCACCUUAAUUAUUUGCAGUUCUAGCAAAGCUAAGGAGAUGCACACAUUUGGGAAGCGAACAAUUCCUUUUUCCCUACAGCUGCUCAUGGCAGAGUAUUGAAAGGUAAUGUUCUCUUGCCUCUUAGGAGGAACUGGCAAGCUAGCAAAAUCUGGAGUUUAUAUGUAAUCUUUUAUAAAGGUUACUUGAGAGCUUGUCUGGUAAACUUGGCUUUCAGAUAAAACUUGGCUUUCAUAUAAUACAAAGGGUUUAUCACACUGGCAGCCCAAGAACAAUUCUUGUUCGUCGUAAAACUUCUUUAUCUUCAGGCUGUCCUGUGUAUGUGGUUGGGUCUUACUAUAAUAGGUAUGGUUCUGAAUUCCCUGCACAUAGCUUCAUGUUUCAGAUUCCCCAUUUAAAACUUUCAUAGCCCUGUGCAGGAGCACUGGGAAACAGCCUUCUCAAAACACAGCAGGCCUCUAUAAUCUGUGACCCAUCAAACCGAACACAGCCCACCCGCUGUGUAUGGUAGCCAGCUGGGGACUUGAUAGACCUCUGUUAGCUACCUGCAGUGCAGAAAGAGGGUAAAGCACUUGUCAGGGCUGAGUUUGCCAAGCCAGCAGGAUCUCAUGAGACAGCCGGAAGCUGUGCAGAACUGUUCUAGAAUGGUUCUCUUGGCUGACUUUGAAGUCUGUCAAUGAAAGUGCUUUACUCAUUGCAGUCUGGGCAUUGUUCAAGGAACAGGUAUAGUAUAGAGAAGCUGCCGGAGGUGACCAGCGAGCAAGUUGGAUCAGCUCGGAUGAACACUGGAACAAAAGGAGAAGGGAAGCUCCUGGCUUGUAAAAUACACUGCAUUUACAUUGAGCUGUCUCAGUUUUGUCUUCCAUUUUUUUUAGCUAUGAAACUCACCCAAAAGAGCUUUGUCUGCAAAAAAAACAAAAAAAACAAAAAAGGCUUACAAAGUUAGUAUGUCUUGUGCUAAGUUACAAGAUGCAGGUCUGGGCGUAAUGUAGUGUCUUUUUUUUGUAAAAAAGGCUGUCGCCAACUAAAAUGGGAUAACGGACAUCUGUACAGCGUGUUUAGAUGAAUUGUUUUAACGUGACUUGGCGAAGGUAGUCUAAAGUGCUGUGGCGGCCGUGUGACACAGAUACAAGCCGGGGUUUUUGUUCACAUAUUGCCUGAUGUGCGCCGAGUCCAUUGCAGGCAAUGGAUGGGCUGAGAACCGCAGCACAAAUUUAACCUUUAUAAACCUCUCAAACUAUGAGGCAAAUGCCUUGUAAAAUAAAACUUUGAGCUAUUUGA